CAUGAAUUUUCAAGCACCCCCUCUUCAUAUUUAAUCGGUUUGCCAUUGGAUUCAACCCGAUUACACUUGAAGUAAAUUAAGAAAAUGGCAGCACAAGCACUUGUUUCAUCAUCAUCUCUUACUUCCUCCGGUGACUCCACCAGGCUAAUAUUGGCCGGAAAACCACUUCAAACACCAUCAAGAAAAGUCUCUUUUCUUGUCAAAGCUGCCUCUUCUCCCCCUGUCAAGCAAGGAACAGGCAGACAACUCUGGUUUGCAUCAAAACAAUCACUUUCUUACUUAGACGGCAGUGGUGAUUUCGGGUUCGACCCACUUGGGCUCUCAGACCCAGAAAGAACCGGUGGGUUCAUCGAGCCCAAAUGGCUAGCCUACAGUGAAGUCAUCAACGGGCGGUUCGCCAUGUUGGGUGCAGCCGGAGCCAUCGCACCCGAGAUUUUCGGGAAACUCGGUCUCAUCCCACCGGAAACCGCCCUCCCGUGGUUCCAAACUGGUGUCAUCCCGCCAGCUGGCACCUACAGCUAUUGGGCCGACCCAUGGACCUUAUUUUUCAUGGAAAUGGCACUUAUGGGUUUCGCAGAGCACCGAAGAUUCCAAGAUUGGUAUAACCCUGGGUCAAUGGGGAAACAAUACUUUCUAGGGUUGGAAAAAGGGUUUUCUGGGUCGGGCGACCCAGCAUACCCGGGCGGCCCGUUUUUUAACCCGUUAGAGUUUGGGAAAGAUGAGAAGUCAAUGAAAGAGUUGAAGUUGAAGGAAAUCAAGAAUGGUAGAUUGGCGAUGUUGGCGAUUUUGGGUUAUUUUAUUCAGGGUUUGGUUACGGGUGUUGGACCCUUCCAGAACUUUCUAGACCAUUUGGCUGACCCGGUCAACAACAAUGUGUUGACCAGCCUUAAGUUUCAUUAAAGUGUAAAUCUUUUUUUGUUAAUACAUGGCAGAGUGUUAUUCGGAAUAUUAUAAUUUAAUUCCUAACAAAAUUUCAAGUUUAAGGUUUUAUCGGUAUUCAUACAUUAAAGACUUUGAAAAAUUAUAUAAAUUCUCAGUUUCUAGAAGCAAAAAUCCGUGCGAAUUGUAGCUGCACGUUAGCAUAACAGAUAAGAGAAUAAAGAUUAAACGAGACGCCACGUCAUCAUCAUGCAGCUUGAGCUAAAGCUUCGGGUGCAUCAGCUCUACAAAGUGAAAGCAGAAAAAUACAAAUAUUUCGCAUAAAUUGAAAAAAUAUAAAAUUGACAUAUUUUGCAUAAACAGGACA